GUCCAAGCUGCCACCUACCAGCCCAGCAGUGGACAGGAGAGGGGAGCUCUUGGCAGCUGGGGCUCCCACAUGGCCCUCUGAAUGUCAUUCUUUUGGGGCACCUGAGGCAGCAGAGUCUCCCCACUUCACAGCACUUUUAAGGGGAUGGCUAUCUUCACCCGCUAUGAGGCAUUGAGAAAGGAAAUCAAGGCCCUUGUGGCUGAGAACGAGGAGCUAAAACAGCUGGUGCUCCUCCUACGUGAGAACCAGGAGCUCAAGUCCGUCCUUCACGACCAAUUCAAUGAGAGGAACCUGCUGCCGAACUUUGAAUCCACCCGGCUGGACCAGCAAGAACCUUUAUUGAACCAGGCCUUCCUUGACGCUUCCAACUUGGACCAAUCCCAAAGUUCCCCGAGCACCAUCCUGCGACUGGGCAUUCGACAACGACAUCCAUCUGGCCUCACAGCCCAGCUCACCACACAGUAUCCUCCACCGCCCCCUUCUCCACCAGGGGGAGGAGUCAUGGCUUCCACGCCACGGGGGCACAGCCCUCCCCGAUUCCAGGUCUGCUCUCCAAGCCCCGUAGGCUCCACUUCCGGUGUUGGCGGUGCAACAAUCUCGCUUCAAAAUGCUUCUCAGCGGAGCAGCGGCAGCUCAAUUGUCCCGCGGGGCUACUGCUUUGAGUGCCCCAUCCCAUGGCACCCCCACUUGCCAGGUCCCUCUACCCCUGGGGGAGGGCUUCCCCUCACCAUGCCAGCCAGUCUACCCAACUUGCCUGCCACCACACAGCCAGGCGGGACCUUCAUUUCCCCCGGCAACCUCACCAGCACCCAGCUCACCCCCGUCUUCCCUGGCAGCAGUCUGCCCAACCUUCCUGCUGCCAGGCAGGUAGGGGGGACAUUCUCCAUCCCUGGCUCUCAAGGGGGGAUGCCCCACUGGUACAUUGGUAGCUCUGAGAUCCCCAGCACCCAGAACCUCUCCCAGCUGCCCUCCGUCUUCUACAGUCCCACCAGGCCCACUGCUGGACAAGGAAGGGGGACGUUCUCCAUCCCCGGCGAUGAAGGGUUGCCCAAGUGGUAUGUUGACACUGCCGAGCUCCCCAGCACCCAGAACCUCUCCCAGUUGCCCUCUGUCUUCUACAGUCCCACCAGGCCCACUGCUGGACCAGGAAGAGGGACGGUCUCCAUCCCUGGCGAUGAAGUGUUGCCCAAGUGGUAUCUUGACACUGCCGAGCUCCCCAGCACCCAGAACCUCUCCCAGUUGCCCUCCGUCUUCUACAGUCCCACCAGGCCCACUGCUGGACCAGGAAGGGGGACGAUCUCCAUCCGCGGCGAUGAAGUGUUGCCCAAGUGGUAUCUUGACACUGCCGAGCUCCCCAGCACCCAGAACCUCUCCCAGCUGACUUCCGUCUUCGGCAGCCCCAUCAGGCCCACUGCUGGGCAAGGAGGGGUGACAUGCUCCAUCCCCAGCACUCUAGGCAGUCUCCAGCCACCCAGCACGCAGAACCUGUCGCAGCUCACCUCCGUCUUUGGCAGCAGCCUGCCCUCCACCCAGCUGAUCUCCCAGCUGCCCUCUGCCUUCCUCAGCCCUACCCAGCCUGCUACCGCUGGGCAGGGAGGGGGGACUUUUCCCUUUCCCUGUGCUCCAGGGAGUCCCGAGGCGCCUAGCACACAGAACCUGUCGCAGCUCACCUCCGUCUUUGGCAGCAGCCUGCCCUCCACCCAGCUGAUCUCCCAGCUGCCCUCUGCCUUCCUCAGCCCUACCCAGCCUGCUACUGCUGGGCAGGGAGGGGGGACUUUUCCCUUUCCCUGUGCUCCAGGGAGUCCCGAGGCGCCCAGCACACAGAACCUGUCGCAGCUCACCUCUGUCUUUGGCAGCAGCCUGCCCUCCACCCAGCUGAUCUCCCAGCUGCCCUCUGCCUUCCUCAGUCCUACCCAGCCUGCUACUGCUGGGCAGAGAGGGGGGACUUUCUCCAUGCCCUGUGUUCCAGGGAGUCCCGAGGCGCCCAGCAUGCAGAGCCUCUCCCCACUGCCCUCCCUCUACAUGAAGCCCACUGCUAGACCAAGAACGAGGAUAUUCACCUUCCCUAGUGUUCCAUGCAGCCCUGAGCUGCCCAGCACCCAACAGGUCACUUUCACAGGGGACAUGCCCUCAAUGACCCUCCCCACUCAGCAGCAGCCCUUCCAGCCCAUCGAGACCUCAAGCCCCAUCCAGCCUGCCCAGGGAGGGGGGACUUUCUCCAUGCCCUGUGCUCCAGGGAGUCCCGAGGCGCUCAGCAUGCAGAGCUUCUCCCCACUGCCCUCCCUCUACAUGAAGCCCACUGUUAGACCAAGAACGAGGAUAUUCACCUUCCCUAGUGUUCCAUGCAGCCCCGAGCUGCCCAGCACCCAGCAGGUCUCCCAGCUACCCUCCAUGUACAUGAAGCCCACUUCUGGGGAAGGAGGUGGGACAUUCUAUCCCAGUGGUCAAGGGACUCCUGAGGCUCCCAGCACACAGAACCUGUCGCAACUCACCUCCGUCUUUGGCAGUGGCCUGCCCAGCACCCAGCUGAUAUCCCAACUCAGCUCCCCUUUCGGCUCUAGGGACAUGCCCUCAAUGACCUACCCCACCCAACAAUACCCCUUCCAGCCCAUCGAGACCUCAAGCCCCAUCCAGCCUGUCUUUGGCAGUGGCCCUUGCCCUCCCUCCUACAUGGUCCCCUCCUGGGAUUCUUAUGGCGGUUUGCAGCUCCCACCCCCUAUCAGUGACCCCUUUUCCCAGUUCUCCUCUGAACUCUUUCCCUCGGGACCUGGCACUGGAUCUGACCCUGGGAAGCCCCCCCGGCCUCGGCCACCUGGGCUGCCACUGCCUCCCAUGCCCAGCAUCUCCCCACCGAACCUCUCCCAGUAUUUACGCUUCCCUGGAAACAUCUAUAAUCUCGGGGGGGACCCCAACCAAGCCCCAUACAGUCCUGGCCAAUUUUCUCCCUAUUCCCCGUCUGGCAUUUUCUCCCAGCCAGACACCUGCAGUCCAUUCAGCCCUGGCAGCUCUGUUGGCACAAUUGCCACUCCCGAUGGCAGCCCUUUUUUUUCACUGGCUCCAGGGUCCCCAGACAUGUCCAGCCUCUAUGGGCCGAUGGCGCUAGCAGGCCCAAUGAGUAUUUCUGGUGGCCUAAUGACCCCGUCCGGCUCAUCUGCCUCCAGUGGCACCAGUGUCUUCAGUUCGCUGGCCCCAGACACUUCGAUCGGCACGAUCCCCAGCCCCUACAGCUCCCUGGGCGCCACCAGCCCUUUUCUGCCAGUGCCCCCGGCCGGCUCCCCCGACACAUCCAGCCUGUACGGCCCCAUGUUCCCAGCCAGCUACGUCUCCAGCCUCUAUGGGUCAAUGGUCCCAGCCAGCACCACCAGCUCUAGCAGCCCACUCUUCUUCAGUGCCCCCUCCAGCUUCCUCAGCCCAUUACUUCCAGCUAGCUCUCCUGGCACCAUUUGUGUCCCAUCGCCCAUCCAAUUCUCCCCACUGGCCACUUCACCCGUCCCAGUCAUGAGUCCCAGACCUGUCACUCCUCCCGUCCUGCCCAGCCCCAUAAGCCAAGCCCUCAGCCCAGAGCCCGCUGAGAAGAGUGAUCGACGCACACAAGCCAGUGCCAUGAGCAAAGAUUCCAAGGCUGCGACCUUUGAACGUAUCGUGGGGGAGGUGGCCUUCCAGCUGGACCGCCGCAUCCUUUCCAGCAUCUUCCCUGACCGAGUCCGCCUCUACGGCUUUACUGUUGGCAACAUCCCUGAGAAAAUAAUGCAGGCUGAAAAUGACACCGUCAACCCCCUGACCGCAGAACAGCGGACGGCCAUGAUGGAACGCUACAAUGAAAUCAUGAACCGCCUGAAGCCGCAGAACUACAACCCCACCUUCCACCCCCAGUUCACAGAGCACAUUGUGAACACCUACGGCAUCCUCCGUGAGCGUCCCGACGCCUCAGGCUCUGAAGCUCAGCUGUACAACGAUCCAAGCUACCUGCACGAGGUGAUUACCAGCGUGGUGCCCCAGGACAAGGUGGCUGACUGCCUGAUCCUGCUCAACUGCCUCCGACUGCUGUCCCAGACCGACGGGAAGCCCCUGUUCAUCUGGUGAUCAUGCUGCCCCUCCGCCCCCUUCCUGUCUUGCAACCACUACAAGCGCAAUAAACCAUCUGCGAAA